GUUCCGGGAUUCCUCACCCACUCUCGGCCGGCGGGACCUGUUCCCCUUGGCGACAUGUUGCGAGGAUGGCGAGCGUGUCGUUUAUGGAGGCUGUGGUCCUCCGUUGAGGUGGUGCCUUACCGCGGCCGGCACGGACUGCACCCCGAAUGGGUCGCUUUGGCCGAGAAGCAGCUGAAGGGCAAAAAAGCUGAAGAUCUGAUAUGGAAAACGCCGGAGGGAAUCGCCAUCAAGCCCGUUUAUACCAGUCGGGACACGGCGGAUCUGCCCGAGGAGCUGCCGGGCAAGUGGCCUUACACCCGGGGUCCCUACCCCACCAUGUACACCUAUAGGCCGUGGACCAUCCGGCAGUAUGCCGGCUUCAGUACGGUCGAGGAGAGUAAUCGCUUUUACCGGGAUAACAUCAAAGGUCAGCUUGGCCCUCCCCGCGGGGGUGAUCACGGCACCGGGAAUGGGCGAUGCGAGAUUUGCGGGGUUACUAGGUCACUGUGUGGGGGUUACUGGCCCAUUAGGCAGGGGCUGUUUGGGGUAUACCGGGUCACCGGGCAGGGGCUGUGCGGGGGUUACUGGCCCAUUUGGCAGGGACUAUGCGGGGGUUACUGGCCCAUUAGGCAGGGGCUGUGCGGGGGUUACCGGGUCACCGGGCAAGGGCGGGGGUUCAGAUUGAAUGGUGCGGUGCUGCCAGUCCUGGCUAUGUUCAUUGUGACGGGGCAAGAGCAAGGAGUUUCUGAAGAGAAGCUAACAGGCACCAUUCAGAAUGACAUAUUGAAAGAAUUCAUGGUCAGGAACACUUUUAUUUUCCCACCUGAACCCUCCAUGAAGAUUAUAGCUGAUAUAUUCCAGUAUACGGCUAAACAUAUGCCUCGAUUUAAUUCCAUUUCUAUCAGUGGAUACCAUCUCCAAGAAGCCGGUGCUGAUGCUGUUUUGGAAUUGGCUUAUACCAUAGCAAAUGGUUUAGAGUACUGCAGGACUGGUAUUCAAGUUGGACUUAACAUUGAUGAAUUUGCACCACGACUUUCUUUCUUUUGGGGAAUCGGUAUGAAUUUUUACAUGGAAAUAGCAAAGAUGAGAGCAGCUAGACGACUGUGGGCUCACUUAAUGACACAAAAAUUUAAUGCUAAAAAUUCAAAAUCUCUGCUGUUGCGAGCUCAUUGCCAAACCUCUGGUUGGUCCCUCACUGAGCAGGAUCCACAUAACAAUAUUGUUCGCACAGUGAUUGAGGCAAUGGCAGCUGUGUUUGGAGGAACUCAGUCAUUGCAUACUAAUUCCUUUGACGAGGCAUUAAGUCUACCUACAGUACAAAGCGCCCGGAUUGCCAGGAACACUCAGAUCAUCAUACAGGAGGAGUCUGGCAUCCCAAAAGUGGCAGAUCCUUGGGCUGGUUCUUUUAUGAUGGAAUCACUAACUAAUAACGUGUAUAGUGCUGCCUUAGAGUUUAUUAAUGAGAUUGAAGAAAUGGGUGGUAUGGCUAAAGCAGUAGUAGAUGGUAUUCCAAAACUUCGUAUUGAAGAGUGUGCGGCCAGAAACCAAGCAAUGAUUGACUCUGGUACGAAGGUAAUUGUAGGAGUAAACAAGUAUCGUCUGGAGAAAGAGGAAACUGUUGAUGUGUUAGUUAUUGAUAAUACUGCUGUGCGAAAUCAACAGAUUGCAAAACUAAAAAAGUUAAAAGCAUCCAGAAAUGAAGCAACAGUAGCACAAUGUCUUGAUGCCAUCACUGAAUGUGCACGCUCAGGAGAGAAAAACUUGCUGGCUCUUGCAGUGGACGCUGCUCGUGCAAGGUGCACAGUUGGAGAAAUUACAGAUGCAAUGAAAAAAGUAUUUGGUGAACAUCGAGCAAGUGAUCGCAUGGUGACUGGUGCAUAUCGACAAGAAUUUGGUGAUAGUGAAGAAAUGUCAAUGGCAAUAAAUCGCAUUGAAAAAUUUGCAAAGAAUGAAGGUCGUCGUCCUCGUCUGCUUGUUGCUAAAAUGGGUCAAGAUGGGCACGACCGAGGAGCAAAGGUUAUCGCAACAGGAUUUGCUGAUCUUGGCUUUGAUGUGGAUAUGGGUCCACUGUUUCAGACUCCUCGAGAAGUGGCUCAACAAGCAGUAGAUGCGGAUGUUCACUGCGUGGGUGUCAGUUCGUUGGCUGCUGGGCACAAAACUCUUGUGCCAGAACUGAUUAAAGAACUCUGUGAUCUUCGGCGCCCUGAUAUUUUGGUCAUUUGUGGUGGUGUGAUUCCUCCACAGGAUUAUGACAUCUUAUACAAGUCAGGUGUUUGCAGCAUCUUUGGCCCAGGUACCAGAAUUCCAGUUGCAGCACUACAGGUGCUUGCUGACAUUGAAAGAAAUUUAGUCAAGAGGCAGCAAUCAAUGUGAAUGUCACCUUGGAAAUGAACAAAUAUGUUUUACUUUAGAGAUAUGCUAUGAAAAAUCUUUGUGUCAAUCAAAAACAAUUUGUAAUACAUUUGUCUUCUGUACUUUCUGGGAAAGUUUGUAGAAUAUCAAUAUCUUGUAACCAAAUAUCUCAAUUCACUUACUGGGGAAAUCUAUAAUCAUAUAUUCAAGCUUUUACAAAGUUAAUAACAGUGUAAAUGCCAGACUCUCAACUAAAUAUCUGUUUAAUGCCUAAUGUUGAUAUGAUUUUGGAAUUCAGUUGCAUUUGCAUGAUUAAUAAGUGAAUGGUUUGUUUUAUGACCUGUAGAAAAAAAUAAAAUUAUUUUUGUGCAAUUUU